UUCGUUCUUUCGCCUUUCUCUUCUCUUCCCUUUGGACUCAACAAAGAAAAUCAGUCAUUAAACCAUUUAUCUACUUAACUCUAAACAAACUAAGAUCUGGGUUCCAUUUAAACUGUAAAAAUAAAAAUAAAAAACUGAGAAAGGAAGAUUUGUUUAGUUGUUGAAUCAAGAAUGGAUAUGGAGGAAGAGUAUGAGCAGGAUUACAAUGGUGAGGAUGAAGAUGAAAUAACACAAGAGGAUGCUUGGGCUGUUAUUAGUGCUUACUUUGAAGAGAAAGGACUUGUUCGUCAACAACUUGAUUCCUUUGAUGAGUUUAUUCAGAACACUAUGCAAGAAAUUGUUGAUGAAUCUGCUGAUAUUGAGAUCCGACCCGAAUCCCAGCAUAACCCGGGUCAUCAACCUGACUUUGCUGAGACUAUCUACAAAAUCAAUUUUGGUCAGAUUUAUUUGAGUAAGCCGAUGAUGACAGAGUCAGAUGGUGAAACUGCUACCUUGUUUCCAAAGGCUGCUAGGUUGAGGAAUCUGACAUAUUCUGCACCAUUGUAUGUGGAUGUUACGAAGAGAGUCAUUAAGAAAGGGCAUGAUGGUGAAGAAGUUACUGAAACUCAGGACUUCACAAAAGUCUUUAUUGGAAAGGUUCCCAUUAUGCUUCGCUCAAGUUACUGUACAUUAUAUCAAAAUUCAGAGAAGGAUCUAACAGAGCUUGGAGAAUGUCCAUUAGAUCAAGGUGGAUAUUUUAUUAUAAAUGGAAGUGAAAAGGUCCUAAUUGCUCAGGAGAAGAUGAGCACCAACCAUGUGUAUGUGUUUAAGAAGAGGCAACCUAACAAGUAUGCCUUCGUUGGAGAAGUCAGGUCAAUGGCAGAAUCUCAAAACCGCCCACCGAGUACCAUGUUUGUGCGGAUGCUCUCAAGGACUAGUGCGAAAGGGGGUUCCUCAGGCCAAUACAUUCGGGCGACACUUCCAUAUAUCCGAACAGAGAUUCCUAUUAUUAUUGUGUUUCGAGCUCUAGGUUUUGUGGCUGAUAAAGAUAUAUUGGAACAUAUUUGUUAUGAUUUCAAUGAUACUCAAAUGAUGGAGUUGUUACGUCCAUCGCUGGAAGAAGCUUUUGUUAUACAAAAUCAACAGGUUGCUCUUGACUACAUCGGGAAGAGAGGGGCUACAGUUGGUGUUACAAGGGAAAAGAGGAUAAAGUAUGCCAAAGAGAUACUUCAGAAAGAAAUGCUUCCUCAUGUUGGGGUUGGAGAGUAUUGUGAAACAAAGAAAGCUUAUUACUUUGGGUAUAUCAUUCACCGGCUUCUGUUAUGUGCACUUGGCCGAAGGGCUGAGGAUGAUAGGGAUCAUUAUGGAAAUAAGAGACUGGAUCUUGCUGGUCCUUUGCUUGGUGGCCUGUUUCGAAUGCUCUUUAGAAAGUUGACAAGGGAUGUUAGAGGCUAUGUGCAGAAGUGUGUUGACAAUGGAAAAGAUGUAAAUCUUCAAUUUGCAAUCAAAGCUAAAACCAUUACCAGUGGGCUGAAAUACUCUCUUGCUACUGGAAACUGGGGGCAAGCUAAUGCAGCGGGUACAAGAGCUGGUGUUUCACAGGUGUUGAAUCGUCUGACUUAUGCAUCUACUUUGUCUCACUUGCGAAGGUUGAAUUCCCCCAUAGGACGAGAAGGGAAACUGGCUAAACCAAGGCAAUUGCAUAAUUCACAAUGGGGAAUGAUGUGUCCUGCAGAAACACCAGAGGGACAAGCAUGUGGGCUGGUGAAGAAUCUAGCUUUAAUGGUUUAUAUAACAGUUGGUUCAGCGGCAUAUCCAAUUUUGGAGUUUCUGGAAGAGUGGGGUACUGAGAACUUUGAGGAAAUUUCUCCUGCCGUUAUUCCACAGGCUACGAAGAUUUUUGUCAAUGGUACCUGGGUGGGAAUUCAUCGCGAUCCUGACAUGUUGGUGAGAACAUUGAGACGACUUAGGAGAAGGGUUGAUGUCAAUACUGAGGUCGGGGUGGUUCGUGAUAUCCGUUUGAAAGAACUUCGUAUUUAUACAGACUAUGGCAGGUGCAGUCGUCCAUUGUUUAUUGUGGAAAAGCAAAGGCUGCUGAUCAAGAAGAAGGAUAUUCAAACAUUGCAACAACGGGAAUCACCUGAAGAGGGUGGCUGGCAUGAUCUGGUGGCUAAGGGAUACAUCGAGUACAUUGACACUGAAGAGGAAGAAACAACGAUGAUUAGCAUGACUAUAAAUGAUCUUGUGCAAGCACGCCUUAAUCCUGGGGAUGCUUAUUCUGAUACCUAUACUCACUGCGAAAUUCACCCAUCACUAAUAUUGGGUGUUUGUGCAUCAAUUAUUCCGUUUCCUGAUCAUAAUCAGUCUCCCCGUAAUACUUAUCAGUCAGCCAUGGGUAAGCAAGCCAUGGGAAUUUAUGUCACCAACUACCAAUUUCGGAUGGACACAUUGGCCUAUGUGCUUUAUUAUCCUCAGAAGCCUCUUGUCACAACGCGAGCCAUGGAACACUUGCAUUUCAGGCAACUACCUGCAGGCAUCAAUGCAAUUGUUGCCAUUUCAUGCUAUUCUGGAUACAAUCAAGAGGAUUCUGUCAUUAUGAAUCAGUCAUCGAUUGAUCGUGGAUUCUUCCGAUCGCUAUUUUUCCGUUCAUACAGGGAUGAGGAAAAGAAGAUGGGGACAUUGGUCAAGGAGGACUUUGGACGUCCUGAUAGAGCUAGUACUAUGGGUAUGCGGCAUGGUUCUUAUGAUAAGUUGGAUGACGAUGGUCUUGCCCCUCCAGGAACUAGAGUUUCUGGUGAGGAUGUGAUCAUUGGGAAGACAACUCCCAUUUCUCAAGAUGAUGCACAAGGGCAAGCAUCUCGCUAUACGAGGAAAGAUCACAGUACCAGUCUCCGCCAUAGUGAAACUGGAAUGGUAGAUCAGGUUCUAUUAACAACAAAUGCCGACGGGCUCCGAUUUGUUAAAGUGAGGGUUAGAUCAGUCCGUAUUCCUCAAAUUGGGGACAAGUUCAGCAGUAGACAUGGUCAGAAGGGAACAGUUGGCAUGACAUAUACACAAGAAGAUAUGCCAUGGACUGUGGAAGGCAUUACUCCUGAUAUUAUUGUGAAUCCCCAUGCUAUUCCUUCUCGAAUGACUAUUGGUCAGUUGAUUGAAUGUAUUAUGGGGAAGGUUGCCGCACAUAUGGGAAAAGAAGGUGAUGCCACUCCCUUUACAGAUGUUACUGUGGAUAACAUCAGCAAAGCUCUGCAUAAAUGUGGAUACCAGAUGCGUGGUUUUGAGACCAUGUACAAUGGUCAUACUGGACGGCGGCUUAGUGCUAUGAUAUUCCUUGGUCCCACGUACUACCAGCGGCUGAAGCAUAUGGUUGAUGACAAGAUUCAUUCUAGAGGCAGAGGCCCUGUGCAAAUCCUCACAAGGCAGCCCGCGGAAGGUCGUUCUCGUGAUGGUGGUCUUCGUUUUGGAGAGAUGGAGCGAGAUUGUAUGAUUGCUCACGGUGCCGCUCAUUUUCUGAAAGAGCGGUUAUUUGACCAAAGUGAUGCAUAUAGAGUUCAUGUUUGUGAGCGAUGUGGGCUGAUUGCUAUUGCAAACCUCAAGAAGAUUUCUUUUGAAUGCCGAGGAUGCAAGAACAAGACUGAUAUUGUCCAGGUUCACAUUCCAUAUGCGUGCAAGUUGCUUUUCCAGGAGCUUAUGGCCAUGGCUAUAGCUCCAAGAAUGCUCACAAAGGAUGUCAAACAAGCCAAAGAUCAAAAGAAGAAAGGAGCAUGAUUGAUUUAGCCAGGCAGAAAAAAGUGGCCCUGUUUUAUAGAUUUACGAUCCUGCACUUUAGGAGUCGGUUUUGCAUCCACAAUAUGAGGAUCUACUUGCUUGUUUUAGAAUGGUUGUAGAUUAGCAUGUGUCAUCUAUAUCUAAUGAGAACAGGACCCUUGUGAACCUCCGUACAGUGAUUUCAAGCAUACAAUUUGGAAGUAAUUGUCGCAUGUAAAAAUAGAACAUUUAUAUCUGAAAUUUCUGUUCGGAAAA